CAUCCAUUAUCCAUCCACCAUUUUGUGUCAACAUUUUUUUUGUUUCAUUCCAUCUUCUUACAAACACCUGUGGGUAAUUUGUAUGAUGCACGUGUCGCACGUUGGCUGAAGUCAAGCUCACUCUUCAAUACUGAAUCCCACCCCCACUGGCCCCUCCCACCAUCAUGUUAUCAGUAUUUGCAGGGUGACCCUUGGGAACGCCCAAUCAGACGUUUCAUAAAGCGAUAAGAAAGGCGUUCUUCGACUGCUUCUUUGCAAGGCAAAAUUGAAAGUAGAUGUGCUGCUGUGAAAGUGGUAAAGGAUAAUUAAACAUGCAUCUUAUAAACUGCGUCUUUCUGCUGCACCUGAUGCUCGGGAGUGUGACGGGAGAGUGUGGCGGGUCGCCCAACUGCAAGGUUCUCUACGAUAAGAGCAUCACCGAAAUCCCCGCCACCCAGAAAGCUGGCGCAACUGAGGUUUAUUUCGUGGGCAGCCGGAUUUCCACCAUCCCCGACCGAGCCUUCAUCAACAGCCCGCAGCUGGUGACUCUGGAGUUCCUCGAAAUGCCCAUUGUGUCCGUCGAAACGCACGCCUUCGAAGGUUUGGACAGGCUGAGGUUAAUCGAAAUUUCCAGUACGAAUCUGACGUCGUUGCCCCUGGGCGUGUUUCAGAACCUACCGAGCCUCGAGAAGCUGGUUCUCAAAAUCAACAGAAUCCAGAAGCUUGAGAAGGGACUGUUUGAUGGCCUGAUGCUGAAAGAGCUCCAUCUUCACACCAAUGAAAUCGCCUCGAUCGACGAGGGAAUUUUCGAUCAGCUUGAAAACCUCACAUUCCUCCACCUGGCUAGGAAUAAAAUCUCCUCCGUCUCCACGGCACUGUUCGCAAAACUCAGUAAAUUGCAGAAGCUCAGACUCUACGAGAAUGGCAUCAGUGCCAUUCCUCCUGGGAUCUUCGAUGAUCUACCGGAUCUAAAAGAAAUCACCUUACAGGGCAACAAGAUAACAGAGAUACCACCGCAUUUAUUUUCAAAAAAUACCAAUUUGGAAACAUUAUCUUUAGAGAACAAUCUUUUGUCUGAAUUGCCUUCUGAAAUUUUUGUGGGACUUCCUAACAUGAAAUAUUUGACCCUUCAGCAGAAUCAAAUAGCCAGCCUGCCUCCCAUGCUCUUUGGCGAAAUGCUUAGACUGUAUGAACUGAAUCUCAACAGGAACAAUCUCACUGUCCUUCCUGCAGGAGUAUUCAGUCCCUUAAAAAAACUCAGCAAGCUUGACUUAUCGCAAAACAAGUUUACCUCUUUGUCCGAGGAAUAUUUUGAAGGCCUUGUGAGACUUGCAGACUUGAAUCUACAGAAAAACAUGAUUGAGUCAUUAAAACCGAAAAGCUUUGAACAACUGACAGAGCUGCAAACCCUCCGGCUGGCACAUAACAAACUGAGAACUCUUCCUGAAGGGAUAUUUGACUCCUUACCAAAACUUAGCAGGGUAUAUCUGAAUAACAACCCCUGGCACUGUGACUGCAGGCUGAUAUCGUUCUUUAACUGGAUGAAAGCGAACACAAAAAAGAUCAAGUCCUCUCCGCCAGAGACUUGUGAAUCUCCUGAAAGUUUGAAAGGACGAGAAGUCAUGUCUCUCACAGAAGAUCAGCUGAUAUGCCCAACCACUCCUGCAAUCGCCACUACUGUGCCUCUCACCACAACAACCAGCACUACUGUUGCCAUGACAACAGAAUUACCCACAACAACCGUCCACAUGACCACACCACCCCCCAAGCAACAACCGCCCACAUGACCACACCACCCCACAAGCAACAACCGCCUUGCCCACCACCACUACUCUGUCUACCCAGACACCUACCACCAUAAUAAUAACAACAGAGCCCACAACUGCACCAACCACUACGUUGACAACCACAGUACUUAUGACAACUGCUCCCACCACUAUGUUCACAACAACAGCGCCAACCACUGUAGCUAUGACAACUGCACCCACAGCCAUGCUGACAACCACAAUGCCAA